AUGGCUUCUGUCGUAUCUGAUUACCUCAGUGUAGGUGGAAACCGCCAUCCAGGGGCUGCAGAUUGGGAUGUCCAGACAGGCGUGCUCGCCUUUGGAGCGGACAAUAAUGUCGCCUUGUGGGAGCCUCUAAACGAUUCUCACCGGGGGGUGUAUGCGCUUCUCGUUGGGCAUUCCGACAAAGUCAGCGUGGUCAGAUUUUACACCUGCCCCUCAUCGGGGACGAGAUUGCUUCUCACCGGUUCCGUCGAUCGCACAAUUCGAGUUUGGCACCAAGAUACCACCGAACCUCGCAAUUACAGACAUGCCUUCACUCUCGAGGGUCACACCGGGUCGGUCAACGCGAUAGCCGUGGCUGACGGGACGAACAUUGUUGCAUCUGGAGCCGCAGAUGGGACCGUCCGGGUCUGGAGAAUCAAUGCAGUGGAAUUGAAGGGCGAGAUGAUGGAAGCCAUAAUUAUGAAACCUCGCUUCUUUCCACUGUGUUUGUCUCUACGAGCACUCGAAGGCAAAAAUCGCCCGCUAGUCCUAGCUGUCGCAGGAACUACAACAAAAGUGCAAAUAUACGUUGCAGAAGAGUCAGUCGAUAAACCAAACUUUCAACGCCGUGCCAUUCUUGCAGGUCACGAAGCCUGGGUUCGCUCUCUCUCGUUUACGGUGGACAAACAGAGUAAGACCAACGAUAUCCUGCUUGCAUCCGCCAGUCAGGACAGAUACAUCCGUCUGUGGAGAUUGCGUCAAGGUGAAGCAAAUGCUCCUGCACCUAUUGACGAUGCUGAUCCUUUGCUGGGCGGCAUGGAGCCUACACUGUCGAACAGAGCUCAUGAAUUUGAGGCAGCUGGCUUGAAGUAUUCCAUUACCUUUGAGGCUCUUCUUUUUGGCAACGAGGACUGGAUCUACACCACUGCAUGGAAUCCCGAUCCCAACCGAUCACAGCUCCUCUCGGCUUCUGCAGAUAACACAGUCACCAUUUGGGAGCAAGACUCGAUAUCGGGAGUCUGGAUGUCGAUUGAAAGAAUGGGAGAAAUUAGUGUACAAAAGGGAUCGACCACCGCGACUGGAAGCGCUGGUGGCUUUUGGAUUGGACUAUGGUCGCCAGAUGGCAAGCAAGUAGUAAGCCUGGGCCGCACAGGCAGCUGGCGCGUGUGGCAGCAUGACUCUGAAGCAGAUGUUUGGGUGCAAAAGUUUGGCAUUUCGGGACACGUACGUGCAGCCAAUGGCGUACAGUGGGACCCCAGCGGUGGCUAUUUACUCUCAACCAGUGCAGACCAAACUACACGCCUUCAUGCCCAGUGGUUGCGUGAUGACAAAUGCUCGUGGCACGAGUUUUCUCGCCCCCAGAUUCAUGGGUACGACCUGAACUGCAUUGACACCUUGGGGCCAUCUCAAUUUGUCUCUGGUGCUGACGAAAAGCUUCUGCGGGUUUUCAACGAGCCAAAGCAGAUUGCUGAUCUCCUUGGAAAGCUCACAGGGUUCAAACAGACCAUCGAGGGUGAUCUCCCAGACACGGCCGAAAUUCCAGUUCUCGGCUUGUCGAAUAAAGCACAAGGAGACGAGGCACCAGUGGAUGAGGAUGAAACUAAUGGGGUGAAAACAUCUGCACCCGUUGUCAAUCUGAACACUGACACUCCACCAUUGGAGGAUCAACUAGCUCGAUACACACUGUGGCCGGAGCACGAAAAGCUUUAUGGCCAUGGAUAUGAGAUUUCAGCAGUUGCAGUAAGCCACGACCGCAGACUCAUUGCCACUGCUUGCAAAGCCACUAGUAUCGACCAUGCAGUGAUUCGACUAUAUGAUACAUCAGACUGGCAUGAGAUCAAGCCUUCUCUUACUGCACACUCCUUGACCAUCGCCGACCUCUCGUUUUCCGACAACGACCAAUAUCUCCUCAGUGUGGGUCGAGACCGACAAUGGGCUGUUUUUACACGGAGUGAACAAGACCCUACCCUAUACACCAAUUUCAUCUCCAACCCCAAGGGUCACUCUCGGAUGAUACUGGGAGCUGCGUGGGCACCAGUGACUACAAAUUACGUCUUUGCCACGGCAGGGCGUGAUAAAUCAGUGAAGAUUUGGCAAAAGACAGACAAUACUUUCACCUGCAAGACCACCAUUGCGUUGACAUCCGCUGUUUCUGCGAUCGCUUUCCUGGCUGCACCGUAUAAAAACUCAUUUAUUCUGGCUGCGGGAGAGGAUAGCGGUGCCGUCUCAAUUCACCGAAUCAACAUUGAUACUCUUGAAGCACAGCUUGUUGUGGCUGUCGACCAGACCAUGGCACCUUCCAGAGCCAUCACACAGCUGUCAUGGCGACCUGUGUCGGCCGAAGAGACAGACAGCAAACCCCAUUUUGAUCUUGCAGUGGGUAGCGAAGACACCUCUACACGCAUUUAUGCCAUUUUGAAUCUGGCAGCGUGA